AGACAGAAUGCCCCAUUCCUGUGCUGACUCGUGCCAUGUCUGGAUGGCGGCGUAUCUUUGGGCACCAGAGAGUAAUUUCGAUGGAAAAAAACAUCCUCUCUGAUCCUACAAGUGAUGGGAAUGUCUCCACGAAUGUUUCCUCUCAGGUAUCAGAGCGGCUCUCCAGUCCUGUGUAUAGUUAUGAGACAUUCGACAACAGGGAAUCAGAGAACUUUGUUUCGGAUCAGGGAAAUUUCACACAAACAUGUCCAACUUGCGGUGGAUCUGGAAAACUAACAAAAGAGCAAGAACAUGACUUAGUCGCACUUAUUCCAGUGAGAGACAGACGACUCAAGCCACGAAGAACUCUUCUUUACCUUGUCCUGGCAGUGUUCCUUUGUCUGGCAAUCUGCGCAGUGGUUGGUGCAAUUUUCUUCCCAAGAACUGUUUCAAUCAAAUUAGUUGAUGCAUUUCCAAACAAUAUUAGCAUCCCAAGCACAAACCAUACAAAUCCUGUUAUUAUAAUAAUUAGCACUGUUUUAGUCAACAAUUCCAACUUCUUUGAGGCAAGCUUGGAUCACAUCAGCAUUCAAGUCAACUGGAAUGAAUAUGUUGUAGCCAACCCAGACAUUCCAAAGAAGAUAACAGUGCCAGCACGCUCAAGUCGAAAUCAUACAUUUAUUGUGCGAACAAUUUACAAGAAUAAAGAAGCAGACAAAAUAAAAAGAGUUUGCUGUGGGUGGUCAUACAAUUUGGCUUUUCUGAUAACAGUAACAGCCAAAACUCAUUCCCUGACUUCGUCUUCAGAAGCAUCUGAUACUCAACUGGAGUUUGUCAAUUGUGAACUGAAUGGUAUAAAAUGGUUGCAAACCUGCUUUCCAAAGGGAUAAUAACAAACAAGUUUUGAAUUUAAAAUUGUAUGGACUUGUAGUACAACACUACACCUUAGAUGAUUAUUUAUCUCCACAGCUCGUAAAUUGGCAAAAUCUUAGCGGUAAUUUUUGUGAUAGGAAAUGUAGGUGAUGUCAUGUUGUACCUACUUAGAAUUAAGUUGCAGCUUAUGAAAGACCAAAAUAACUGCACCAUUGUGCAACUUCCUCUCUAUAAUCUGAGUCAUCUGUGGUUAAAAUCUUCACAAAAGACUGUUUUUGCUGUGAUUUUAAUCACUUUUGCUCCUCAUUGCAUCUUGCUGUAAAUGAACAAUGUGAAAGAGAAUCGGAGAGAUGCCUGACUUCCAGGUAAAUAAUGCUUUGUAUAAACCAUAAGGCAGGUUAUAUCCAGCCAUUACUACUGUGUAUGGCACACAAUGUAUAGUCGCUUAACUAAUAUAUGGAUUACCUUUUGAAAGAUAAAAUAACAUUAAAAUAAGUCUAGAAUCUCGGAGAGAAUUUGUCCCUUUAUAUGAUAUCUCAUAGAAAAGUUACCGCUUGAGUAUAAUUCGCGGAUAGUUGCGUGCUUUUUCUUUUGUAUUUAUGAAACGUGUUAAUUCGUUUUUAAUGAAAAAAAAUCAAGUUUUGUAAAUGUUAUAAAUGAUAGAUUAAAAAACUGUUUGAUAAUGUUGAUCAAA